AUGGGUCUACCUGGCAGAACAUACUGGAGUGCUAUAGCGGACGCGGCCAAGUCGUCCUCCGAAGUGGAUGAACUUUUCAUUGACGACACAGGGUCCGGGGGUUACUACCCUGAGGAUGACGACGACUUUAACUCGGGGUCAGGAUCAGGCACUGCUGAGGAGGUGAUCGAGGAGGCGGUGACCGUGAGCACGCUGUACAUUGCGCCCAAAGCAGAACCCACCCAGGACUCCACCAAAGACUUCACUCCCAGAGUGGAGACAGACACGCCCAGAGAAGACCUGCCUGGGGAAACGCCCUGGAAGCCAGUCAGAACUGAGCCCCCAGUACCCGUCACUGAUGUACGCAAGAACCAGAUCACCAGCACCCCCAGCUCCCCCCUGGAGCCCAUCGAUGUUCGCUCGGAAAACCUCUUCCAGAGGACGGAGGUGCUGGCAGCUGUCAUUGCGGGUGGAGUUAUUGGCUUCCUCUUCGCCAUCUUCCUCAUCCUCCUCUUGGUUUACCGCAUGAGGAAGAAGGACGAGGGCAGCUACGACCUGGGAGAGAGGAAACCCUCUGGGGCAGCCUAUCAGAAGGCCCCAACCAAGGAGUUUUAUGCAUAA